CCUGGCGCUGUAGUUUUUUGUUUUUGAUAAAAUGAUUGAAGAAAAAAAAUCAGAUUUGCCAGAAUUGAGUGUUCCUGGGUUUAAAUAUGAGCAGCUCCGCGAAGUUCUCUUGCGUAUGCGAGCGCUUCAGCGCUACAGCUUCUGUGUGGAAGCACAGAUCGACUCAAAUUUAAUGCAGCUCCGGCAGGGUUUUCUGAGAUUACUGGAGGACUACUUGACCCUGGAGGAAGUGGCCUCACUCUACACGGUGUCCGUUCUUAUGUUCCUGGUGACGGAAAACGAGCGUCCCCGUCAGUUCGAUGAACGCCUGGAGCUGCUCAACGCCAGCUUCAAUUAUUCUGAUACGCUGAAGCCCACAAUGAUCCACUAUGCCACGAUUACCAUGCUGGACAGCCUUAAGCUGACACCAUGCGAAGAAGAGCACGGUUAUAUAUACAUGCUGGAGGCCAUGCCGCACAUACUGGUGGCCUGUAACACGGGCAAGAUGAUCGCCCUCGGACUGCUGCGCGCCUUCAUAGGCGCUCUGUCCAACACCACCUUAGUUCUGCACAUUUAUCGUAACCUGUGGGAGGUAUAUGACAUGGUUCAAUCAAUCAGCCAAGACACAAUCCUCGCGGACUGGUCCCUGUGUAAGACGUAUAUCCUAGUCAAAUCCUUUGCUCUGCUUAUGAGUUCGACGGCCUUCAACUCCUGUAAUUUGGGGCUGAGGCAGGCCGGCUAUCAGGGAUUUCAGAUGCCGCCCAUAGCCGCAGAAAUCUCAGAAUGGUUCACGGCGUUGCGCGACAAGAUUGAGGAGAAGCACACAAACCUCUCAAGUAAAUCGGGUUUUAAGCUGGUGCGUUUUAUAGACCAAAAUAUAUUGAGAUAUUUGACUGAAGAAAGCAACGAAACUACCUCGGAGGCGGGCAUUGAGACAGUCGCGUAGUAAUUAUAGUUUAUAUGUUAUCCAUUAGUAAAUAAAUCAUAAGCUACAGAUUCGA